AUGGCUUUCGGAGAUCAACAUGGAGACAGGUCUGACAACUUGGCCUCGUGCAGUGCUAGGUCCUUGGCCUCCGAUGACUUCGUGUUGGCCAGAGCAUUGGAUCCAAGCUUCUCCCCCGCCUCGCCCGUCUCGCCUUGUGGGCGGACACGGCAACAGCCAAGGGGAAAAGCAUCAGUUCCAGCAAAGGCUCCUUCACGACCAAAAGCCGAUGCUUUGGAAAUGUGUUUGGAGCAAGCCAAUGCCAUUGCCUUCACACGUUUAUUGGACAAAGAUCAUACUGUUGUGUCAAAAGAGAUUUCUGAGGGGCAAUCAGCCUUAAUCUUUGCUCUUGACAAGUUGAGCAAGACAUCUUGGGACUCCAGCAAGGAUUUGAUGGCCUUGAACUCCAUGAUCAUGCUUCUGAUUGAGAACAAAGCCGACCUAAAUCGAACAGCUCCUCCACAUGAAGAAAGCCCCUUACAGAUCUUGUUGCGUGGAAGCCAUGCGGAUGGUGAGCUCGCACAUCUGUGUAAAUCCAGAUUGGCAGUGGCCAUGCUCCGCUCAAAGGCGGAUCCAAAUCAUGUGGACCGAAAUGGAGAAUCACCUCUUUCGGAAGCUGCCUUUGCAGGUGACUUUGAGAUGUGCAGACUACUACUCGAUCAUGGUGCCUACAUUUCAACCCUCAGAUCGGUGAAGGGACUCUGUUUGGAAGAUCUUUCAUUGGAUAGAAAGGUUUCCAGCCUCCUUCGGGAAGCAGCCUCGAAUCAAGAUCAAAUGAUGAAAGACCUCAUGUCAAGUGGGAAGGCCCUCCUUUCGUCAGGAAAAGCACAGGCAAAUGCAGCACAGCUGUGUUUUUUGAAGGCCAUGAGACUUGACCCUUUCAACCCUGACAUCCUUCUCGCAGCAGCAGAAGCAGAUUAUGUGUCUGGAUCUUUUGAAAAAGCCUAUCGUGAGGCCAGCAAAGUGGUAGCCCUUGCACCUCUCAACGGCCUGGCAUACGAGCUUUGUGCCAAGGCACUGUGGCGCCUCAAUCGUAUUGAUGAGGCAUUCUGUUUGUGCACAUCCAUGGUCCCUUCAGGCGCUUCUCACAAAAUGAUGAUCCUCCAAUUAGAGGAAGUUAUGGUGAAACAUUUGACGUGCAUUGAUGGAGUUGAAGCAAUGCUGUCAGAUAGCUCCAAGAAGCUAGACUUGGCACUCUCUGAGAAAGCCUUUCAGAAUUUGCAUCAUCUUUUGUUCGAAAUGAGGGAAGGGGAGAGGUGCUCACCUUGGGGGGUAAGAGCAAGACUGGGAUUGGUGAAGGUAUGCCUUUUUCCUUCGCCGGGAUGCUCGAAGCAAAAAGAAGAGGCACGAAAGAGCUGGACAAGCCGUGCUCUCUGUGAGACUAGAUUUUUGAGAAAGCAUGAUGCGAGCAACGGGGAAGUCUUGUAUUGGCAUGCAAGAGCCUUGCUCUACAGUGGCUGCCGGCAAGAUGCAUUAAACGCGCUCUCCUGUGCUGGCCAAUUGACUGGUGGAGCAGAGAGUCAUCCGCUCUUGAAGGCAUUGCAAGAGGCUGAGGAUCAUCGUCAAGUUGGCCAAAUUGCAGCUAAAAAAGAACACUGGCAGGCUGCCUUGGAAAGCUAUUCCGCGGCAGUAGAGCUGCAUGCAAGUACCUUUGACCCUAUGUUUCUCUCAGCCAUUCUUGAAGAGAAAGGCUUCGUGUUGUUGAACCUGAAUCAGAUGAAUGAUGCACUCAGCGACUUGACGCUGGCCCUGGAGAUUAAGGCCUCCCCUCGAUCAUACUUUUUGCGUGGACGGGUUCGUAUGGCCUUAGAGCAAUACUCCGAAGCUGCGAGUGACUUUGACCAUGCUGCAGUCGAUCCUGACAUAGGAGGACUUUCUGAGGAGCGUGCAAAAGCACACCGCUAUGCCAGGUGUCCACCUGUUCCUGACUACUAUGCUGCUUUGAAGUUGCCCUCUUCCGCGAGCAAAGCGGAAGUGCGAAAGGCCUACAGGCUUCAGGCUCUAAGAUGGCAUCCCGACAAGAAUGUGGGUAAUGAAAGUGUAGCAGAACAGGCCUUCAAGCUGAUACAGGUGGCCUUUGAUACACUUUCGGAUGAACGGCGCAGGAAAGAGUAUGAUGAAUACCAGGGCGACCGCAAGCCCUUUCCCUUUGGAGAUGAGCAGAAGGCUAGGACGGACACAAAAACAGAAGGAACGUGA